AGGCACUUUUCUUUAAUGGGCAUUUUCAACACUAUUUUGCUAUGCAAGAGCUUGGCAUUGGAAAUAAAUAAUUCUUACUUCUUACCAGCUGGGUUUAACUUUGUAAAAUCCAGAACAAAAACAUGGCUCAAAGCGAGUUCCACAGGCAAUGACACAACAACUAGCUGAUGAGGACAAUGAUGAGGAUGACAUUUUAGUGACUGGCACGCCAAGUAUAGGGCUUGGUGGUGGAAGAGCAAUGCAGUCACGCUCUCCUAUGCACAAAAACAUGCCUCAAAGGCGAGCUCCAGUAGUGAUGACACAACAACCAGCUGAUGAGGAUGGACUUUUAGUCAGUGGCACAGCUAGCAUAGGUCUCGCUGGUGGAAGGGCAAUGCGGUCACAGUCUCCUGCAACUAAAAACAUAACUCAGAAGCGGCUGCCACAAGUUACUACACGGAAAGCAUCUGAUAAGGGCGAUGAUGAGGAUGACCUUUUAGUUAGUGGCAGAGCAAGCAUUGGUAUUGCUCGUGGUAGGGCAAUGCAGUCACGCCCUUCUAUGGCCAAAACUAUGGCUCAAAGGCCUGUGCAACAAGUAGCACAGCAACCAGGUGAUGAGGACAAUGAUGUGGAUGACCUUGCAAAUAAUAAUAGUUCAGCGAGUGGCACAGCAACCAUUGGACUUGCUUGUGGAAAAGCAAUACGUUCAUCUUCUCCCUCGUCAGUUCAUAUCAAUCAGGAUCAACCACCAUCUACACGUUCCACACCAGGCAGUCAAACCUCUCUAUCUGUCAACAAUAUGGAGCAACCAUUAUCAUCUUAUUCAAGUGGCCAACCAUCUCACUCUAUCAGCUCUGUGGAGCAACCCAUGUCUCCUUAUUCCAUUUCAGGCGGACAACCAUCUCUGCAGGGUUCUGCAGAACAGCCAACUGCUGGCCGGUUAUGUCCAUUAACCAGAUCCAUAGAGCAACCUUUAUCUGCUCGUUCCACAGCAUCAGGUCGCCAACAUUUAGGAGUCAAGGCAGUUCCUGUGAUACCUCAUACAGUGCCUAUGCCACUGAAGCCAACCUCAUCUGUUAGUUCAACAGAGGCUUCAACUGAUAAUCGGAGAGAUAAACAGUAUAUUAUAGCUCUAAGCUGGUGUGAUUUCAGUUUGAAGGAUGAAGUUAUCAUCCAUAUCAUAUAUAUGAGUAAUUCAGGUCCUUAUGUUUUCAUCUCUACAGUAAGAAAGGCUUUGUUGCUGCUCUUCCAGUAUUCAAGAAUGCAUAAUGCCCUCCCCUGGAAAUAUUUAAGCCCAUCACCGUCAUGCGUUUUUCUCAAUUAA